AUGGACCGCCCUGGCUUCAUCGAGACCCCCGGCGGCCGUCGUGUCACCCGCAACAGCUCCGUCGUGGACGGCAGCGAGAACGAGAGCGCCAAUUCCUCCUCCGAGCAAGCCAAGUCAUCCACCCGCCGUCGCGUGUCUGGAAAGGUCAAGGCUGAAGACGAAGGGGACGAUGCGCCGGUGAAGACCAAGGUCAAUGGCAAGACUGCGACCUCCAAGUCGCAAUCCAAGUCGCGCAUGGUGGAUGGGUGGGAACCCGGUCUGGAUCCCAAGGUUGACUACAGCGGCCACUACGAGUUUGGUGGCUCGUGCGGUGUGCUCGCUAUGAUGAUCGGGUUCCCCAUUCUCAUGUACUACAUGUGGAUUGGAGCCACGUACUAUAAUGGCAAGUUCCCUCGCCCUGCGGAGGGCGAGAGCUACGGCGACUUUCUCGCACACUUGGUGGACUUGGUCUACACUGGCGCAUACCCUUCGCUGAAGGCUUGGACUAUCUAUUGGGCUUUCUUCAUCUUCGAGGGUGCUUGCUACGUCCUGCUUCCCGGUGUGAGCGUGUCGGGUCGCCCCCUGCCGCACAUGAAUGGCAAGCAGUUGCCAUACUACUGCUCUGCUGUGUGGUCUUUCUACACCAGCAUUAUUUUGGCUCUUGUUGCACACUUUACUGGACUUUUCAAGCUGUACACCAUCAUUGACGAGUUCGGUCCCUUGCUCAGUGUGGCUAUCAUCUCGGGAUUCAUCGUCUCGUUCGUCGCCUACUUCUCUGCGUUGGCGCGCGGUGCCCAGCACCGCAUGACCGGCUACCCCAUCUAUGACUUCUUCAUGGGUGCUGAGCUGAACCCUCGCAUGUUCAACAUCCUGGACUUCAAGAUGUUCUUCGAGGUUCGUCUUCCUUGGUACAUUCUGCUGUUCCUGUCCAUGGGCGCCGCUGCUCGUCAGUGGGAAGUGUAUGGAUACGUGUCGGGAGAAGUCAUGUUCUUGGUUAUGGCCCACUUUCUGUACGCCAAUGCCUGCUCCAAGGGUGAGGAGUGCAUUGUGUCGACCUGGGAUAUGUACUAUGAGAAGUGGGGCUUCAUGUUGAUUUUCUGGAACUUGGCCGGUGUGCCUCUCAGCUACUGCCACUGCACCAUCUACCUGGCCAACCACGACCCCGCUGAAUACCGCUGGAACCGUGUCUUCCUUGCCUUCCUUUACAUCGCCUACCUGUUUGUCUACUGGGUGUGGGAUACCACCAACAGCCAAAAGAACCGUUUCCGCCAACAGGAGCGUGGCACCAUGGUUGCCCGCAACACCUUCCCCCAGCUACCAUGGCAGACCGUGCAGAACCCCAAGACUCUUACUACCCCCGAUGGCUCCAAGAUUCUUGUUGACGGAUGGUACGGCAAGGCGCGCAAGAUCCACUACUCGUGUGAUCUGUACUUCGCCCUGAACUGGGGCUUGAUCACCGGCUUCUCCAGCCCGUUCCCUUGGUUCUACCCGCUCUUCUUCGCCUGUAUGAUCAGCCACCGCGCUCUUCGUGAUAUCCAGCGCUGUCGCACCAAGUACGGUGAGACUUGGCUCGAGUAUGAGCGCCAGGUGCCUUACCUGUUCAUUCCUAUGCUGAUCCAAGAAUCUUACCACGAUGUGCCUACCACGGCGGAUGGCCAGGGGACCAUGCGCAUCUAUGUCUUCCACCCGACUAUUCCAGGCUACCCGAAUGCCCGCUUCCCAGGAGUGGUUGUAUUCAGUGAGAUCUACCAAGUAACCGGUCCCGUCGCACGUUUCGCCCGUCAAAUCGCCGGCCAGGGCUACAUCUGCGCGGCCCCGUCGAGCUACCAUGAAUUCACGGGCCCCGAGCCGCUCAAGUAUGACGCCGAGGAUACCGACAAGGGCAACGCCUGGAAGAUCGGCAAGAAAUUGGCCGCCUACGACGAAGACGCCAGUCUGAGCGUUGACUACCUUCUGUCGCUACCGACCUGUAAUGGCCGCGUCGGUGCUACCGGUAUGUGCCUCGGUGGCCAUCUAGCCUAUCGCUGUGCCCUGGAUGCCCGGGUCAAGGCCAGUGUGUGUUACUUUGCCACGGAUAUCCACAGCAAGACCCUCGCCCUGGGUAAGAAUGACGACAGUCUCGCGAGAGCGGGGGACAUCAAGGGCGAGAUGUUGAUGAUUUUCGGGAAAAAUGACAACCACGUUCCGCCCGAGGGGCGCGAUCUCAUUCGCAAGACCCUGCAUGAGAAGGGGGUCUUGUUUGGUUUCUACGAGGCUGCGUGGGCACAGCGUGAGUUCAUCCCUCCCGGUGGGUUGCGAUGGUCGCUGACGAGAAUAGAUGCCUUUAUUCGCGACGAACUCAGUAAGGGUCGCUAUGAUCCGGCUAUCACCAAGGUUUGUUUUGAGAUGUUGCUCGAGCUGUUUGGUCGCACGCUCAAGUUGGACCUGGGGGAGCAUGACGGUCAAAAGCAAGUGAUUGAGGAUGUCUGUUAA